AUGCAGCGCAACAUGAGUUAUCGAAAGCCUGUUCCAGCAUAUAUCCCAUCGCCACCACCGUCUCCGCAUAUCGAGUCCCCAUUCCCUUCACUACAGGUCGAUGAUAGAGUAUCAACAGAGCCAAAAUCUGAAGCAGAAAAACCAUUUCCUCCCCUGCCUGAGAAUUGGCGAGAAAUACUUGCCGAAAAAGUCAACGCGACGGAGACAGCGACAGUAAAAUCUGACAUUGGCACUAGUAAUGGCGUUCAUGGCACUACACGCUAUGAUGACACUCUUGCUGAAGAGCAACGCGAUGUAACCGCAAAUGUCCCGUCCAGCGAGGUAUUAGUAGCUUCAGUAACAGUCGACAAAGAUCAGGAAUCAUUCACCACCAUCGCGGCAUGUUACCAACCACAUUCUCAAGCACAACGUAUUGGACGCGGUCUACCAACGAUUUACCGUCCGCCAACGCCGCCUCUCCGUUCGCAUAAUAAACAAGUUUCGUCAGAUAUGCAUAAUACGCAUGGUGUUUAUCUACCCAACACCUCCUCAAAGCCCUACCAGAGUUCUGUGCAAUUGAAACCCAGUUCUUCUUUUCGAACUGACAGAACGAUGGUAUCCAUGAACACUACAAAUUAUUCUAUAGGCUGGCCAAAUGGCCAGCCCACGUCAUCAAGUACACCCAUGUAUAGCUACCCUACGCUUCUCAUUCAAAAACGAAAUAUUGAAGCGUUGAAAAACCAAAAUACGGACUUGGCCAACGAUCCAAACGAUGACGACGCUGGUUGCUUGUCUAAAGCAUGCUGGCCAAAAUUCGAUGGGUUGGCCAAAAGACUUCGUUUGGGGUCCAUCUCCAGGAGAACAUAG